AUGUCAACAAGUGUCUUUGACGAAAUGUUACGCUUUUCUUUCAGUUUAGUCGAUGUUUCAGUUAGAACAGCCCGAGUUAGACUGACAGGUAACGCUAAUUCUUCUGCAGGUUCAUUGCAGAGGAUUUCGGUAGUAAAUCGGCUAUCCGAACAAGCUCUAUGGUGCCAGUCGGGUGGUUCGGGUUUACCCCGUUCCAGCAAAUAUUUCGGCGGCAGUCUUCUAGGACGUGGUGAGCUUUCGCCUGGAAGACGUUCUCCCUAUAAGAAGCCACAAAUGUCCGUUCCACAACACUGUGACGUGGCGGAUGUGACGCCACUAACUAAAGUCACUGCCUCUUACUUAUCCAUAUGA